AGUGGUUAUUUUGCGUGCAUUCCACUUUAAAAAGAAACAAAUUAGUGGAUCAUUGCAUUGCCCUUUUUCCGUUCCUUGUUUCAUGUGUAUUUACAACAUUGGUUUAAUCAUUUUCUGUCGUCUUUACUCUUUACAACAUAACGCAAUACCACUAUUUAUUAUAUAUCAUAUUCAUAGGAACAAGAUAUUACAGUUGUUUUCUUGAUCUGUCACUAAUCUACAAAUUAAUCCCCCAAGAAAAUUUAGAGCUAAGAAUUUUAAAAAAUGUGGUUAUUUGGAAGAAAAGGAGCAUCAGGGUUCUCUACUUCAUCUACUGCUGAACAAGUUACUCAUGGAAUUGAUGCUACUGGCCUCACUGCCAUUGUUACAGGAGCAUCAAGUGGUAUUGGUGCAGAAACAACGCGUGUCCUUGCAAUGCGAGGGGCGCAUGUAGUAAUGGCGGUUCGCAAUGUAAAAAGUGGCGCAGAAGUUAAAGAAAAUAUUCUUAAAGAGAUUCCUCAUGCCAAAAUUGAUGUAAUGGAGUUGGAUCUCGGUUGUAUGGCAUCUGUUAGGAAGUUUGCAUCAGAAUAUAACUCUUUUGGCUAUCCUCUGAACAUCCUAAUCAACAAUGCAGGGGUUAUGGCUCCACCAUUUAUGCUUUCUCAAGACAACAUUGAAUUACAGUUUGCAACUAAUCAUCUAGGUCACUUUCUUUUGACAAAUCUUUUGCUACAGAACCUGAAAGAUACAGCUCAAACGAGCCAUAAAGAAGGAAGGAUUGUUAAUGUUUCAUCAAUGAAUCAUCGAUUUACAUACCGUGAAGGAAUUCGCUUUGACAAAAUCAAUGACAAAGAUAGUUACUCUGCAAUACUUGCUUAUGGACAGUCAAAGCUUGCUAAUAUCUUACACUCUAAUGAACUUGCAAGGUAUUUCAAGGAGGAAGGAGUUGAGAUAACUGCUAAUUCACUUCACCCAGGGGCAAUUAAUACCAAUCUCUUGCGUCACCAGAAUUUGGUUGAAGGCAUAGUUAACUGGAUCGGCAAAUACUUCAUUAAAGACAUUCCACAGGGAGCAGCAACUACAUGCUAUGUGGCUUUACAUCCUCAGGUGAAGGGAAUAAGUGGUGAAUACUUUUCGGACAGCAAUAUUGCUGCGCCAACUUCUCAAGCUAAAGAUGUAGAGUUGGCAAAGAAACUCUGGGAUUUCAGCCUGAAUUUGACAAAACCUCAAUAAAAACAAUGUUUAAUAUUGGUUUCUGCUUCCUUAUCAUCAUUGGUUUCUGCACACCUUGACUGUUUUUGGUUGGGGUGCAGGGCAGUGGACUACUGAGAGUAGAAUGAUGUUUAUCUUAUCAUAUACUCAAGUGUAAUUGACUAUGCCAAAUCACUUUAUCUUGUUUUUGUACAACUAUGCCGAGAAAUGGAGCAUAUUCUUGCAGCUCAGAGAGUUUUAAGGAUUCACUGGGGUCAGAUAAAAAUACCCAAUCCUUGAGGUUUGUGCUUGAAUAUUUGGGCCCAAAGCAUUACACCUGCCGAAAACUUGAAGUUCUUGGUAAUGGAGACAUGUAUUCUUGACCUUCUUGAUAUAGCCUUAUAUCUUCUUUUCACCAAAAGUUCAUCAGUAUGCUUGUAUGUGUCUGCAACUAUUGUAACUUCUGUUCAGUUUCCAUCUAGAUCUUGUGGAGUUAUAUUGGA